CCAGUUCGAUUGACGGAACCACUUGCACACCACCCUGGUACUAUCAAAAUUGGUACUAUCUGCAGCGUGUUGCGGCUCCUUAAGAAGGAAAACAAGCUUAAGUUAACCGAUUUUAGGACAAUUAAAUAGUGACAUUGCAAUUGCCUGCAGCGCGCGUAAAAGAGUGAUGCGGAGAUGUGCGCCGACCUUAUCGGGAGCCACUGCCGCCGCUGUUCACCCGCCGACCACCAACAGUGGUCAACACGUCACUUCAAGCCAAUUAAAGACUUGCAUUCCCAUUUCGUUCCCCGAGCCCCCGAUCGGCUAUAGAUAAAAAUUUCGCGUUCGAUGGGCAUGCAGGACCACCUGGAUGGCAUCGUCAUGCAGCGGCGCCGAAACCUGAGUCUCCUCCAUCUCAUAGCGCUUACCAUGGCUGGCUUGGCGGCCAUAGAUCCCGUUCAGGUCAGAGCUGGGCACCUGAACGAGGAUUCCGAACUCCAGACGGCGGAAGCAUCCCGUUCCCCUGCCCUCGCGCUCUGCAUGGGUCAGGAAGAACGACGGAUCGGUCGAAGACUCUUGUACAUUACCACACUUGACGGACGACUGAGCGCCCUAGACAUAGCAAAGUCCGGAAAACUACACUGGAGCGUGCCCACCGGACCCGGGCCGCUGAUCUCGUCUAGCAUUCACCGCCUUGAGUUGACCAAUAAUGGACAGUUUGUGCGCAUGAUUCCAUCGCUAAGCGGCGGCAUAUACAAGUUCGACGGCGAUUCCAUUGACCCCAUUCCGAUUACUGCAGAGCAUCUGCUUAGCUCGAGUGCUAAGUUUAGCGACGAUUUGGUGAUCUCCGGAGGUAAGGAGACUCGAUCGUAUGGCGUUUCCGUUCGCACAGGGCAGCUGCUGUAUGAAUGCUCUCUAAACGGAUGUGUAAAUUCCACGGAGGAUGGACUUGCCAUCGACGACACUAUUAGGGAGCCGGAAGUGGAGGAUCCGCAGGAUGGCGGUGAUCAACUAAGGGACGAGGCCGGCUAUAUAGUGGGCCAUGAUCCGCUCAUUGACGACGUUAUCGUAGUGCGUCGCCAGACACAGACGGUGCGAGCCGUGGAAUCCCGAACUGGAAUGGAGCGUUGGAACUUCAGCGUUGGCCAGCAUGAAUUGGAUCUGGUGCGUCCUUCCGAGUGCCAACAGCAGCCACGCGAUGAACUGGAGAUGGCUGUACUUGACGUAGAUAUUAAGGUUGUGGUUCCUGAGGGAAUCAUUUGCGCCUUCAGCAAAAGUGACCCGCAGACCAUGCUCUGGAAGUACAAGUUCGAUCAUCCAAUUGUCAGUGCCUGGAAUACGAAUGCAGCCGACGAGCUGAAGCCUAUUGAUUUGUUUAGCUCGUCCCAGUGGAUCUGGGACAAUGACCAGGAGAGCGAGGAACUCCCAGAAACGCCACAGAGACCACCGUCCAUUUACUUGGGAAUGUACGAUAAACAGUUAUAUAUACAGGAGUCUAUUCGUUUACGACAGGAGAUAAUGGACCAGACAAAGGUUUAUCAGCAGCUUACAGGUGACACCAGUCUAAUGCCCAAGAUCCCAUGGAAGCCAAUAGCUGCCAGCAGCAACUCUCUGGUCAUCUUUCGUAAAGAUCUAGAGGAUCCUGAGUUGAUUUCUGAGGAAACGAGUCCCCAAGGAGGUGAAUUGGUGCCCUAUGAUGACCAAAACUCUGCUGUAGCUGCGCAGUCCGUGUUGAAUGCGUCAGAGUUCGUAAAUGGAAAUGGCUUUUACUUCUAUACCACCGGCGAACUGGAGGGUCCAUCAGAGUGCGACCCACAAAAUACACCUAGUGGCCUUCCCGCAAUCAAUGCUCCAACGCCUCCUAGCAAUACCACAUCUGAGGGAACUUCUGGCAAUCAUAGCAUCAACGAUGAUUUGGGCUUUAGUCUAGACGACAUUGACGCCCCUGUGAAGGUGGUGAUACUGUCCCUGUGGUUUUGGUGGAAGGAGAUAGUGGUCAUCGCAUUUACCUCUGCUGUUAUCCUCAAUAUAUUUAUGGGACAGCGAAAUCAACGCGUGGAGCGGGAGUACCUGGUCAUUGAGCGUCAUGUACCAGUACAAACGGCUAUCGAGGCCACCGAAGCAUCCACACAGGCCCUACUGGGUCCCGUAGUUCCGAUGCAGCGCCCCGGAAACCGUUUUAGCUUCCCUUCGGGCCGGGGAAGCCAGCGCACUAUUUCUGAGUCCACCACGCAUUCAGGGGAGCAUUACACAUCGCGCUUUCAGUCGGACUUCGAGCUGAUGCAGUGUCUCGGUCGCGGUGGUUUUGGAGUGGUCUUUGAAGCCAAGAAUAAACUGGAUGAAAACCGAUACGCCAUUAAGCGUAUAACGCUACCAUAUAAAGAAUCCUCAAGGCAGCGUGUCCUUCGCGAGGCCCGAACAUUGGCCAGUUGCGAGCAUCAUAACAUCGUGCGCUACUUCCAUUCUUGGACCGAAACUCCGCCAACAGGUUGGCAGGAAGAAGAGGAUCGCAAGUUGCUUGCCCAUGAACUGUCCACUUCCAUCCAAAUAGAGACGCCUGAUGAUAGUACAAUGCCCUCGUUGGCAGAACAAUUGCAGGAGAAACGCCACCAGCAGCUCUUGUCCUGGGUCUCAGAUGCAGCUAACAGCACUGCUUGCAGCCAUGAUUUUCAUGGACAUGGCGAGUCAUCACUAAGAAACAUUAGAGAGGAGUAUGAUGACGAUGAUGACGAUUCACUCAUUGAGUUCCGCAGCGAGUCGCAAUCGGCUGCUUUAAGAGGAGGAGAGGAUGAAGAUGAUGACGAUGAGGACGUAGAGGUGCAGGAGGACAGUAGAAGACAGCACCGCAGCUCCGUAUCUAUCGACAUUCAUUCGGCCUCGUUCGACCUAAAGAACAUAAACUACUCACAGCACCAGCUAGUAUCCAACUCCUUCCAAAUCGAAUCUGUGCGCCCCAAGAGCAAUGGCAGUGAUGAUGCUGAGGACGAUAAUAAAGUUCGAAGGAAGCCACUUACCUUGGCGCUUGCCCAGAACCAUAAUAACAACCACAACGUAAGCCAUGCGACGCCUCCGAGUGCCUCUAUACAAAACGGAGUGGUGGCCAAGCCCAGCAAAGUUUACCUGUACAUCCAGAUGCAGCUUUGCCGGAAGGAGAGUCUGCGUGACUGGCUAAGGGACAAUCGAUCGGAAGCUAGGUCUGCCCACAUUGCUGACAUCUUCCACCAGAUCGUUGAUGCCGUCGACUAUGUGCACUUGAAGGGUCUGAUUCAUCGAGACCUCAAGCCGAGCAAUAUAUUCUUUUCGCAAGAUGGGCAAAUCAAGAUUGGAGACUUUGGGCUGGUCACUGAUAUGGCAGAUAUUCCCAACCUGGUUGCCAAGUGCGGGGAUCAGAGUGGCCUGCCCUCUUGUGCCCGUCACACCCAGCAGGUGGGCACCCAUUUGUAUAUGUCGCCGGAGCAGCUUUUAGGUCAGCACUACGACUACAAGGUUGAUAUCUACUCGCUGGGACUGAUAUUUUUUGAGCUGCAUGUAUACUUUUGCACCGAAAUGGAGCGAAUCAAAACGCUGCGCAGUCUGCGGGAUGGCCAGUAUCCUAAGGAUUUCGCUAUCGAUUACCCGCAGCAGUACGAUUUACUCAAGCAGAUGCUAUCCACCCAUCCGGAGGAGCGACCGCAGACCAAGCAGCUGAAAAGCCAGCUACAUAGUAUCCUACAGCUCCCUCAACAUCUGUCGGACGGACGGAGUGAGCAGGCUGCAUUGGCAGAGCGGGCCAGGCGCCUGAGUCGCAGCCGCACUUUCAGCAGCUCCAGUGAGCAGCAUCAGUGAUAGACCAGACCAUAGAGAGCAUGGGCUUGAAUACCCAUUCAGUCAGCGCCAAGUUUAGUCAUCAGUUAGCAUUUCGUUUGUAAGCCAUCCCUACUGCUACACGUUAUUCCUCGCCUGGCUAUGCCUCAUUCGCUGACCUCGGUACGGAAAUGCCGAAGAUUCAUUUAAGGGCAAAUUAGAUUCUAUAAGUUUCGUAUUACGAUUAUUUUUUAACCUUGCGCGUCGCAAAAUACCAACAAAAAAUAUCCUUAUGUUUUUAAGACUUAACUUUAGGAAUUAUGCUGAUACAUACAUAAAGAUGUACUCCAAAAACAGUCGAUAGCUAUCGAUGUCCUACGAUGCAAAAUUGUUUGUCUUAGUUUGUUUAUACCUAUGUAGCCGCCCAACCAACAUUAGAGUUUGUUUUUAGUCGUAGGCGAUAAGAAAUAAAAUAAAAAUGUCAAAAAUAAA